AAGGAGGAGUCAAUAUAAGGUUUCAGACAGAGAUUCAGAAGGCAGACAUGCUUGCGAAGACAGCGAUGAUGGGACCGUACCUUUUGCUGGCACUGCUCGUCCUUCGGGGAACUACGGGACGUCCACAUUUCCCUGAAGAUAAUACCUUUGAGAGACACCAUGCAUACACAGCAAAUAACAGAAUGAAUUUCCACCAUCAAGAGCAUACAGCCUUUAUGCCCGAAGAAUUCCUUCUUCCACCAAAAGAAUACUAUUAUCCAAGCACAGACAUGGCAGGAGAACCACGUGUUUCGCUUCAUUCCCCACAACACUAUGAGUAUCCCAUGUUUGAUAAGCAUCACCACAACACAUAUGAAGAAUAUGGCUAUUCUUCGUUUGUACAUCCACCGCAGAAUUAUCGGCCUGAUCAUUAUCAUGAAAGACACAGGGCAUACGUUGACGCAACACCUGCAGAAAACAUGCAAAUGUCACCACCGUACUUUUAUAGUCAGUCCGGAGAAAAACAGCAUAAAUAUCAAUCAUAUGGUGAUGAUCAUUAUCAUCAUCAUCAUCAUUUUGAAAAUCACGCUGUUCCAAUGUCCGUACAAAACGAACAAAUGUCACCACUGGAUUACCACAACAAUCACGCAAUGAAACCCUAUGAGUAUAACAAAGUAUAUAUAGAAUACAAUAGAUCAGAUUUUCCGAUGGCCAUGUAUGGCUUCUCUCCAAAAGAAAUGUAUGGUCCCCCUGAGUUAUAUUCGGACGGUGAUAAACAUGAUAAAUACUUUUUUCACGCAAUGAAACAACUUGUAAAGAAUCGUCCCCAAGGUACAUCAUCGUAUCAUACUCCAAUGGUGGUGAAGGAUCAUGUUGAACCUCAUGACUCCUCCAUGUUGGAAUAUAUGGAGACCUCACCUAUGGGAAAUGUUGCAGCUAUGUAUGUUCCAUUUCAUAUGACAGACAUUAGCAGCAGCUCUCCAGAAACGGCAUCUUCGCAAGCUCAGUAUGACAGUGUUACUUCAAACUCGCCUGUCGAUGCAAUGGGAGAUAAAAACCCUCUUGCUUCUGCGCCUAAAAUUAAUCUCGACCCAAAACGUUACUUCAAAUGAAGGCAAUUAAAUAUAAUACUGAGAAAUGAUUAAAACGUUUUAAGCAAUAAAGGGUGCGACUUUUGACAUAAACUGACGAACAUAACGUCAUAUAAAAUAAAAUUUAUUACAUAAAAUAUAUCUAAAAUUGAAGUAUACAUUUGUAAAAUAGUUAAAUGAUUACAAACACUGUACUGGUGAGACCUAUGUCACUAAUUAAUAAAAGCGACAUCAAAUGAAGGGGAAAAUGACGAUGCAUUAGAUAGAACUCCAUCUGAAACAACGCUCUGUUUGUGUCAUUUGUAACAAACUCUGUGUUGACAAACUACAUCAGUUUUAAUAUAUGAAAUAUACUUUCCUGAGCAUGAA